AUGGAGGCUUCAAAUCAAGAUCAAAACUUGCAAGCUAUCAUAAAUGCAGCCGUAGCUGCUUCACUUGAAAAGGCCCUGGCUCGGGUGCUGCCCAUUGAGCCAAAAGACCCUAAAAUUUCCGACACCCCGCUUUCUGACGAAGAGGCGGAGGAUUCCGAUUCCACCAAAAGAAACCCUUCCAAACCAUAUAAACGUUAUUGGAAAGGGAAUGGGCCUGAACCCCUCAAGCGUAAGGGGAAAGAACCGGCGAAACGCCCUAAACAGGUGGAUGCUAGAGAGAAACACUCCAUCCAACCUACUCUGUCAGAAGAAGAGGAAGACUCUUUUGACUUACAUCCCUUAGCCAUCCUAGAUGAAUGGCAAGCUGACCACUCCUCAGAAGAUGAGGAGGACUGGCCCGAGACUUCCAUAAAAGGGCCACCUCUCCCUCAGUCGACUAUGGGAGACCUCCCAUCUGAAGUUAUGUUACCCGGAUCACUUCCAUCUGGGGAUACUGA